GCUGAGGGAGCUUUUCCUAGUACUGCAUUAUUAAAUAAUUAGUCUUUUUAUCUCGUUGUAAUUAUGAAUGAAUUAUAAAUCAGCUUUGCUGACAAGUGUUUUGCACUCGAUUAAAAAUGUAGACUCCCUGCAUAUCGCCAGUUGCCAGGCAGAGCCCUGCAUGGAAUGCGCAUGCGUACGCUAAAGAUUGUCUACGCUGAUUGGCUAAAGAUUUCUAUUCAGCGGCCAGAGGGGGAUGCGCGUAACCCGGUGGGGCAGUGUCCGAGAAAUAAACCCAACGUUACACGUGGUAAAGACGAGCAAAAUCACUAGUUGUGUAGAAUAGACGAGCGACAAACAUUUUUUUGCAAUGGAUGGAAGGUAAGUCUGCUCCGCAACGUGCAUUUUAAAUCAAUCUUGUGAAUGAAAGGCAGAUACUAGUAAACAUGGGGCGGGCGGUGACUUGAGAUGAACCGGACAACAGAACCAGAAGACGGCAUAAGAAGACGUCAUCAUCUUAAAGGGGCCUUUGUCAGCAUCAUACAUAUUAUAUAGGAAUCUGGUUUGUGGUAUAACCAUGACCGAAGCUGCAUCUGCAGAUACAAAUAGUAUGGAGCUGGAUGAUGGGAUGACUCCAGAGGAGACCCCAGUGAAUACACUGCAGAGGUUAACUGAGGAUGAAGGGACCACCACUCGCAGGAAGAAGAAAAAGAGGAAGAAAGAAAUCAUCUACCGGUCUGAUCUGGAGGUUGAGGAUGCUGGAGAGGGAACCUCAGCAGAUGUGGAUGGGACCUGUAGUGCUCCAUUUGAAGAAGAAGAGGAACCUGUACCUCCUGACAGCCGUUUCGUGACCCUGACUGGCACUAUUACACGAGGAAAGCGGAAAGGCCAAAUGGUGGACAUCUAUAUGACCCUUACUGACAAAGAGCUGAGAGACAUGGCGCGUUCCAAAGAGCGUCUAGAUGCGGAGUGUGACGGGGUCGCCGAAGCUAAGCAAAAACCCUGCGCGCUAGGGCUUAGCCAGGGUCCCCAUGUUCUCCUCUGGAGUCUUUCCUGCUCUCCUUUCAUCUUUGUUCUGUCCUUCAUCACGUCAUUUUACUACGGAACGCUCACCUGGUAUAACGUCUUCCUGGUUUACAACGAAGAACGCACCUUUCUGCACAAGAUCACACUGUGUCCUUUGCUCAUCUUGUUAUAUCCGGUGCUCAUCGUGGUUUUGUGUUUUUGUAUGGGGGUGUAUGCUGCUGUGAACCAGCUCUCGUGGGUGUUCGGGGAGUGGUGGCUGGCGGUGAGAGACCUCGAAAAGGGAUUCUGUGGGUGGAUGUGUGGGAAACUGGGGUUGGAGGACUGUGCGCCCUACAAUGUGGUUGAGCUCCUGGAUUCUGACACUCUCUCUGGGACACUCCAGGGAAAGAGGAUGGAGGAUGUUGAGCAGACUUCCUCUCUGUAAAGUGGAUAAAAGCUUUUAUGGAAUAACAUUUUAUGAUUUAAAAGAAUGUUCCAGUUUAAACUCGUAUCGAUAGCAUCUAUGGCAUGAUGAGGAUUUUCACAAAAAUGUGCU